ACCUAAUCCAAAUUCCAAAGCCCAGUUUCUCAUGGCGGAGAACCCAAGUUCAAUGGGCCUGUCGAAACCCUUAUAAAGGGAUUCCCUUCUCCCUUUUUUCUCGCUCUUCAUCAGUCAUCACUUUCACUUCUCUUCAAUUCUAGUAACUGCUAAACCCUAGCCCUACGCCGGAUCUCUCGCUUUUUCUCUCUACCUUUUUCUGCUUCAUUUCCUUUCCGUAGAUCGUUAAUGGCGAGCACAACGGAGCCGACAGCUCUGAAGAGAGAAGAAGAGGAGGAGGACGAUUCGAAGCCAUCGGCUGAAGAUGAGGAUACCGGAGCUCAGGUUGCUCCGAUCGUUAAACUCCAGGAAGUUGCCGUUACAACGGGCGAAGAGAAUGAAGAUGUUCUCCUCGAUUUGAAAGCAAAGUUGUAUAGAUUUGACAAGGACGGUAACCAAUGGAAAGAGAGGGGAGUUGGAAUGGUGAAGCUACUCAAGCACAAGGAUACUGGCAAAAUUAGGCUUGUUAUGAGGCAGAGCAAGACGCUCAAGAUCUGUGCCAACCAUCUCGUGCUUCCCACAAUGUCGUUACAAGAGCAUCAUGGGAACGAAAAGUCCUGUGUGUGGCAUGCUGCCGAUUUUACAGAUGGAGAGCUAAAGGAGGAGACAUUCUGUAUCCGUUUUGCCUCGGUGGAGAACUGCAAAUCUUUCAAAGACAAGAUCGAAGAAAUCACUGAAUCUCUGGCGAAUGACGGUGGAGAAAGUGCAGAAGCUGAUGCUGCAGCCAAUCUCAUUGAAAAAUUGAGCGUCGAAGAAAAGGGCAAAGAGGAGAAAUCAGAGGCCAAAGAAGAGCCUACGCUCAAGGAAGAGAAAAAGGACGAGACCGAGAAUCAGGAAAAAUCUGGCGACGACAAGUAGGGUUUUCUCAUCCGGGAAGGGUCGGGUGAGACACGGGUAAAUCCAAGUGAGAAAAAUCCUGAGACUAGUAGAAUGAGUUGUGCAUUUGGUUAUGUUGGUUGGUUUGUUUGCUGGUGUCAAUUGAUGUGUGUUUAUAGAUUUUAAGUGUGCGGCUUUUUACCCUUAUGUUGUCGUCUUUGUUGGUAUAUCGGUUGUGUAUUGCUAAACUUUUACAGGGUGCAUUUACCAUCGCUGCCUAUAUUUUAAUCAUGGCCGUUGAUUAUUGAGGUCUUCUGUUUGCUUCA